AUGAGUUCAGACAAAUCAAAUUUACUAAAGAAAUACAAGAUUGUUUUCCUUGGAGAUCAAAGUGUUGGUAAAACUUCAUUGAUCACUAGAUUCAUGUAUGAUACAUUUGAUGAAACAUAUGCUGCUACUAUUGGUAUUGAUUUUUUAUCUAAAACUAUGUAUUUAGAAGAAGGUAAAACUAUAAGAUUACAACUAUGGGAUACUGCAGGACAAGAAAGAUUUCGAUCAUUAAUUCCAUCAUAUAUUCGAGACUCACAUGUUGCUGUAAUAUGUUAUGAUAUAACUAAUAAGAAAUCAUUUGAUAAUUUAGAUAAGUGGAUUAAAGACGUUAAAUUAGAAAGAGGUGAUGAUGUUAUAAUAGUAUUGGUGGGUAAUAAACUGGAUUUAGCAACUGAUAAACGACAAGUUAGUUUAGAAGAUGUUGAAAUUUUACAAAAUAAAAUUGGUGCUAGAUUUUUCAUUGAAACUUCUACAAAAGCCAAUCAUAACGUCAAGUUGUUAUUCAAGAAAAUUGCCCAAUCAUUACCUGAAUUUAAUCAAGAUGAAAACUCUGAAGAUGCUAAUAACAAAAAUAAUCAUCCAGAAACUGUUGAUAUAAGUAUUGACAAUAAUACAGACACCAAUCAAGGUUCAAGUACAUGUUGUUAA